GAUUUGAAAGGUUUUCAUGCUGGAUUGUCCUGAUGUGUUUAAUUUUCGGUAUGUUUCUGUCAGUUCUGUGUAGAUAUUGGCUCUUUUUAAUUUAAAACUAAAGGUUUCAGAGCCGCGUUACGCAUUUAAACACCAAACUAUCCGAUUUGGCACACUGGAGUUAUGAACUCCCUCCACCCCCUAAAAUAAAAAUUCAGUGCCAUUACUCAUUUUUGGAACUGAGAAACCCUUUGAUCUAAGCUCGUUUCUGGCUUGAUUGUUAGACAUGCACGCUGCUCCUCUGAUGUGGCCAUGUGUUUAAACGACGCUAGUUUAAGAUGAAACGAAGGAGAGGAGAGCGGAGCUCCAUCGAUCUCUCCGGCGGAAGUGAUUGAUUUAUGAUUAUUCGCUGCGCCUCGGUCAGGUGACUUCUGCGGCGCGGCUGCACUAUCAAUCUGCCAGCGAGCACCUUUCCCUUUCGGUUAUUAUUGGAUUAGCAUACGAGAUGAUGUUUCUUUAACACAGUCAAACAAACAGCAGCCUUUUUUUUCCCCCCAAAUGGUGUGACUUUGCGCUCUAAAAGAAACCUCUGAUGCCUCCCCUCCUCGCCUGCCAUGCACGCACGCAUUAUUUUCACUUCUUAUAUACAUAUAUAUAUAUGUGUGUGUGUGUGUUUUUUUUUCUCCUCUCUUUCCACACAGGAUUGUUGUUCCUUUCUCUCACCAUGCAUCGAACGACCAGGAUAAAGAUCACUGAGCUCAACCCUCACCUCAUGUGUGUCCUUUGUGGAGGAUAUUUCAUAGACGCAACCACCAUAAUCGAAUGUCUUCACUCAUUCUGCAAGAUGUGCAUUGUACGCUACCUGGAAACCAGCAAAUACUGUCCCAUCUGUGAUGUACAAGUGCAUAAAACCAAGCCUCUGCUCAACAUUAGGUCUGAUAAAACUCUACAGGACAUUGUGUACAAGCUGGUCCCCGGCCUCUUCAAAAAUGAAAUGAAGAGGCGGAGAGACUUUUACGCGGAGCACCCUGUAGACGCUUCUAAUGGAUCAAAUGAGGAUCGUGGAGAGGUGGCAGACGAGGAUAAGAGAAUUAUUACAGAUGAUGAGAUCAUCAGCCUCUCCAUUGAGUUCUUUGAUCAGACCAGGCUUGGAGUUGGAGUGGAAGAAAAGCAGUCAAAAGAUCAGGUGGCCAACAAGCGGUACCUGCAGUGUCCAGCAGCCAUGACAGUCAUGCAUCUGAGGAAGUUCCUGCGCAGCAAAAUGGACAUCCCAAAUACCUACCAGGUUGAAGUCAUGUAUGAAGACGAACCUCUGAAAGAUUACUACACGUUAAUGGAUAUAGCAUAUAUCUACACUUGGAGAAGGAACGGCCCGUUGCCCCUGAAGUACCGAGUCCGACCCAACUGUAAGAAGAUGAAGGUGAGCCACGCGCAACAGGAAGGCCAGAACAGCGCGAGCAGAUCCGGUCCGGAGAGCGACUCCGCCAGCGACAAAGCCGGUAGUCCCGCCGGAGCGCCCUCCACGUCCUCGUCGCUGCCGAGCCCCGGCACGCCAGCUCAGUCCCCCCACCCGCAGCUCCCGCACGGCCCCAAUAACGUCAACGGGACCCCAACCGCCGCCGCUGCCACCACCACCGCCACCAACGCCGCCCCUCCUACUCCCAGCCGGUCCCUCACUCAGUUCAGCAGCGGCACCAGCGGCGGCAGCAAACCCCGGAAGAUUUCUCUGAACGGCUCGUCGACUUCUUCCGGAUGACGCGGGGCUUCGGAUCGGAUCGGACCGGACCAGCCAACGCCAGACACCCGCUCAGCUAAUACUGUUUUCAUGCCAAUGUAGUUCCAUUGUGUAGACAAUGUUUUCUCUCUUUCUCUCUCUCCAUUUGUUGUUAUAAAUAUUAUGGCAUCAUAUGUAAGUUUAAACGUAGUGGAAUCAGAGACAUUUCAAAAUAAAAGAUAGGAGGAAGUUGGGUGGCGUGGGAAUUUUUAACACGAAAGCAAAUUUUGACGAGAAAAAAAAAAAAAAAAAUCAAAGAACGUUGGAAAGGAGAAGGGCAAGCAUUUUAAAGCUACGUCUUUAUCUUACACAAGAGA